ACUGUUUUUCCUUCUUUCGUAACAAGAAAAAACAGCACAGGCGCAGGUUGGUCAAGGAAAAGAAAUUCUAAAUACCGUAAAAGCCGGCCUACUAAAUCUAAAAUCUCGAAAUUCUUGUCCCGAUUUCCUACACUCCAAUCUCAUUUCUGUUUUUCCAACUAAUUAUCAGAUUUCAAAUUCCAAAUCACCCACAGUUUCAUACCAUUGCAGCAGAAUUCCGUUUCAAAUCACAUGCAGCAAAACAGAAGCCCCCCUUAGAAGAAACCCAUCUUUUUCGCUCCAAUCUCUAGUUUCUAGAAAGAUUCGAGCGUUUUCCGAAAAUGGGUUUUCUUCUCUUGUUGGAGAUUGGAAAACCCAUCAACGGAUUCCGGUCAUUUUCGCAAUUUGUCAUCCAAGGGUAGUGAUUUAUUGGGAGAAAAGGCCGGAAGGGAGGCCUUAAUGGGGAGUUUCCUUGGUGGGUUUGUCUUGCCUCUGCUACUUCUAAUAGGGGCAUUACUUGAGUGGAGUUUGAUCUCCCUGGUUGAUUUGUUAGCCUUUUUCAUCAUUCAAUUUACUGCUCCAUAUAUAGGGUUCCGUUUCCAAUGGCGAUAUCUGUUGUUAUGGUGUAUAAUCAUCUUUUCAGUUCUUGUCGUUUUAGCACAAGUUGUAUUUCAUGUCAUUUGGCUUGUUGAGGGGGAAGAAUGGAGUGUCUCAGAUGCAUGGUGGGCAAAGCUGAUCGGAUUUGUUAGUGGCCAACCCUGGAGAACAUCUGCAGUUUAUUUCUUGAUCAUACAGCUAGCAGCUGCUUUUGUUGCUAUACUGGACGUCUACGGGCAUAAAUUUGGUCUGGUUCGAUGGCGAGAUUCCUGCUGGGGAAACUUUUCUUCAUAUAUUGAUCGUUUAGGUUCUCAUCUUCGGGUUGCUUGCUGCUUGCUGCUGCCUGCGAUCCAGCUGGUUUUGGGGAUCAGUCAUCCAUCUUGGGUUUCUCUUCCAUUCUUCAUUGGUAGCUGUGUUGGUCUUGUUCAUUGGUCUCUAACAAGCAAUUUUUUAGGCCUUUUCUGGUGGUGGAGGCCUCUGCUAAUUUAUGCUGGCUUCAGCAUUGUCCUGCUUUAUAUAUAUCAGCUUCCUAUUGUGUUCCCAAAGAUGGUUCAAACACUAGCUGACUUUAUUGGUUUUUACAAAGUUUCUGCAGCUUCAGAGUGGACAGAAAUUUCUUCUGGUGUUUCUCUCCUAGUUUUUUACUUCAUGCUGUCAUGCAUCAAGUGUGAUUUGGAAGAAAUGGAUUCUAUUAUGUCCAUGCGAGGAGGCAGCUUGAGAGAGCAACUACUACCAUCAAAACAUUCAUUUUUCAUCCGGGAAUCAAGGUCUGGUGUAAGGCACACCAAUGUGUUACUGAGAGGGGCAGUUUUUCGAAAUUUCAGUAUAAAUUUUUUCACAUACGGUUUCCCGGUUUCAUUACUCGCUCUGUCAUUUUGGAGUUUCAAUUUUGCAAGUAUAUGCGCUUUUGGGUUGCUAGCAUACGUUGGCUAUGCUUUAUAUGCCUUUCCUUCCUUGUUCCAUUUGCAUCGGUUAAAUGGGUUACUUCUUGUCUUCAUUCUUCUCUGGGCUGCUAGCACAUACGUCUUCAACGUGGCAUUCAUAUUCCUGAAUAAAAAAUUGUGGAAGGACAUGGAGAUAUGGGAAACUGUUGGUCUGUGGCAUUAUCCAAUUCCUGGAUUCUUUCUACUUGCACAAUUUUGUCUUGGAGUUCUUGUAGCUAUUGGUAAUCUUGUGAGCAACUCUGUUUUUCUCUACUUAUCUGAUGUGGAUGCACGAUCCUCAAAUGAAGAUGGUAUUGGAGAAGAGAAAGAAGAUACCAAGGUGUUGAUUGUAGCAACAGUUGCAUGGGGAUUGCGCAGGUGCUCUCGAGCAAUCACUCUAGUGCUGAUAUUUCUUCUUGCAAUGAAACCUGGCUUCAUCCAUGCUGUAUAUAUGGUAUUCUUUUUGGUUUAUCUUCUCAGCCACAAAGUGAGCAUAAGGAUGCGUCAAUUCCUGGUUCUUCUGUGUGAGGCUCACUUCGCAAUACUAUACAUCCUUAAGCUUAAUCUUAUCUCCAAGACUUUGGAGAAAAAAGGUUCUUUAAUUAAGGAAAUACUGUCACAGUUAGGUCUCCUGGAUUCUGCUACUCCAUGGGAUUUUGUGAAGAUAGCUGUGCUUGCUUCCUUUUGUGCGGUUCAGAACCAUGGGUCUAAAAUGCUUUUUUCGUUAUCUGCAAUUGUACAGCACAUUUCCUACCCACCAUUUGGGUUUAGCAUCUUGAAAGCUGGUUUGAACAAAUCAGUUUUACUGUCUGUUUAUGCGUCUCCAAAUGCCACAGACAGACAAUUCAGUAAUUCUUUGCAUGAAAAAUGGAUCGCAACAUAUCUCAGUGCAAUAGGACAGAAGUUUUUAUCCAUGUAUCGCUCAUAUGGGACGUGCAUUGCAUUUGUGACCAUACUUUUUGCUGUAUACCUGGUGACUCCUAAUUAUACAUCAUUCGGAUACCUUUUCUUCCUCCUAUUAUGGAUAAUAGGAAGACAACUCGUGGGGAAGACAAGCAGGCGGCUUUGGUUUCCUUUAAAAGUUUAUGCAAUUCUUGUGUUCAUCUUUAUCUAUAGCUUGAGCAUUUUCUCCACCUUCGAGACCUGGCUGUCCAAGAUGAUAGAUCUUUAUCAUGACUUGGGAUACAACCCUAAAUCAUCGUUGUUGAAUAAUGUUUGGGAAUCGCUAGCCGUUAUGAUUGUGAUGCAACUUUUCAGCUAUGAGAGGAGAGAGAGCAGGUACAACAUGACAUUUGAUGAUUCUGAUUUGCCGGAAUAUGGAGUUAUUGGGUUUGUCAGAAGAUUCGUGAUUUGGCACAGCGAGAAGAUCUUGUCGUUAGCUGUAUUCUAUGCUUCUUUAUCACCAAUAAGUGCAUUUGGUUUUAUAUAUCUAUUGGGCCUGGUCAUUUUUUCAACUUUACCUAAAACUUCCCGUGUUCCUUCCAAAGUGUUCUUACUCUAUUCUGGAAUUCUUGUGUUGUCUGAAUAUCUUUUCCAGAUGUGGAGUACACAGGCCCAGAUGUCUCCUGGUCAAAAACAUUCUGCUUUAGCCCUUAUUCUAGGUUUUCGAAUAUUCAAGCCUGGUUUUUGGGGUCUUGAGGUGGGCUUGAGGGGGAAAGUUCUGGUGAUAGUUGCAUGUACUCUCCAGUACAAUGUUUUUCAUUGGCUAGAUAAGAUGCCGAGUUCGCUGGUGAACACAGGAAAAUGGGAAGAGCCUUGCAAUCUUUUUGUCUCAACUGAACACGCACCAACUGAUUCUUCGAUCUCUACUGAAGAAACUAAAGCAUUAUUGGAUUCUAGCCUACUAUCUGUGAGACAAAGGGGUGUGACCACCAACUCAUGCCCAUCUUUUGGCUCCAACAUGUAUGAAAGAGCGAAUCCUGUGUCUAAUGAAAUAGGCGGCUCAGAGAGUAAUGCUCGACGAUAUUCAUUUGGGUAUAUAUGGGGAAGUUCUAAAGAGAGUCACAAGUGGAAUAAGAAGCGGAUUAUUGCUUUGAAAAAGGAGAGGUUUGACAUGCAGAAGACUACUUUAAAAAUAUAUAUUAAGUUUUGGAUAGAAAAUAUAUUCAGGCUCCUUGGCCUCGAGAUAAACAUGAUUGCAUUGCUUCUCGCAAGCUUUACAAUAUUGAAUGCCAUCUCGAUGAUUUACAUUGUAUGCCUCGUCGCCUGCAUUCUUCUGAAUCGUCGGGUUAUCCGCAAACUGUGGCCUGUAUUUGUUUUCACAUUUGCUUCUAUCCUCAUCGUUGAGUACUUUGCUUUUUGGAAUCAUCUGAUGCCUUGGAAUCAAAGUAUCUCCAGUGAGACAACAGUGCAUUGUCAUGGCUGCUGGAGUUAUUCAAAUCUUCACUUCGAUUAUUGCAAAAAAUGUUGGCUGGGAAUUAUUGUUGAUGACCAGCGAAUGCUUGUCAGCUAUUACAUGGUCUUCAUUUUUGCAUCUUUCAAACUCCGUUCUGACCAUCUACAGAGUUUCACAGAUUCGCAUACAUACCGUCAAAUGAUGUCUCAACGCAAGAAUGCAUCUGUCUGGAGAGAUCUUUCAUUUGAAACAAAGAGUCUGUGGACUGUUCUUGAUUACCUGAGGCUGUAUUCUUACUGUCAUCUAUUGGAUAUUGUGCUUUCUUUGAUUCUCAUCACUGGAACGCUAGAAUAUGACAUUUUGCAUCUUGGCUACCUCGGUUUUGCUCUGGUUUUCUUCCGAAUGAGGCUUGAAAUAUUGAAGAAGAAGAAUAAAAUUUUCAAAUUCUUGCGGUUGUACAAUUUUGCACUCAUUGUUCUUUCUCUUGCCUAUCAAUCUCCUUUUCUUGGGGAUUUUAAAUCUGGCAAAUGUGAAAGGGUAGACUACAUUUAUGAGUUUAUUGGAUUUUACAAAUAUGAUUAUGGGUUUCGUAUUACAUCACGGUCUGCUUUGGUUGAGAUAAUCAUUUUUGUCUUAGUGUCAUUGCAAUCAUACAUCUUUUGUUCAAGGGAAUUUGACUACGUGUCGAGAUACCUUGAGGCAGAGCAGAUUGGUGCCAUCGUGCGUGAACAAGAGAAAAAAGCUGCAUGGAAAACUGCCCAAUUGCAACAUAUCCGUAAAUCUGAAGAGAAGAAACGAGAACGUAACUUGCAAGUAGAGAAAAUGAAAGCUGAGAUGAUCAACUUGCAAAUCCAGCUUCACAGAAUGAAUUCCGUUGAAAACUGCAUUAGCACUUCUCCACGAAGUGAAGGCAUCAGACGAAGAAGGAAGUCUUCUCGAAGCCCAGAUAAAGAUGAAGGUGAUAUAAGGAAACUGGACCAAAAUAACAGUACAGAAUCACUUUCCCUAUCAGACUUUGUUAUCCCAGGUUCACAAAAGAAUGAGAGCAUGUCUCCGGUGACAUCUGAAAUGUUCUAUUCCCCUUCGAGUAGAAAAACUGACAGCCCGUCAGCAGUGGAGGCUCUGAGGCAUUCAGUGGGCUCUCCUCUCGGUGAGAUCAUUGAAGUCGAUGAAAAGGCUGCUUGUAUGUUCAGAAAUGUGAGUGAAAGAGAGAAAGCAAAAGAUCGUGCCAAGGAAAACCCAUUAAUUUCUGCCGUACAUCUGAUAGGUGAUGGUGUCUCUCAAGUACAAUCCCUUGGAAAUCAGGCGGUUACCAACAUUGUUAGCUUCUUGAACAUAGAACAUGAAGAAUCAGAUUCAAAUGAGCACUCAGCGGAGGAUGGCAUUUACGAUGAAAUCGAGAGCCAGAAUAACACGAGGUAUCAGCGUUUUGAUCAAAUGUCCUCCAUGCAUUCUUUUAAUGAGAAGAAUGCGGCAGAGGCAGCUAGCCUGCAACUUGGAAGGAUAUUCCGUUACAUGUGGGCACAAAUGCGGGCAAACAAUGACGUUGUGUGUUACUGCUGCUUCAUUUUCGUCUUCCUAUGGAACUUCAGUUUGCUGUCUAUGGUCUACCUUGCAGCUCUCUUCUUAUACGCUCUUUGCGUAAAUUCUGGACCUAGUUUCAUGUUUUGGCUAAUCAUGCUAAUCUAUACCGAAGUGAACAUCUUGCUCCAGUAUUUGUAUCAAAUAAUCAUCCAUCACUGUGGGUUGAAUUUUCAUUCGAAAUUGUUUAUAAAGUUGGGCUUCCCUGCACAUAAAAUCACAUCAUCAUUUGUCAUCAGCACCCUUCCUCUCUUUUUGGUGUAUAUAUCGACCCUUCUACAAAGUUCCAUAACAGCAAAAGACGGCGAGUGGGAGUCAAUUGCUGAAUUUAAAAUUUUGAAAAGGAGGAAUCUUUAUCAGGAAGAUGUUAUUGAUAGCUCUAGUUGGAGGGAGAGGAUAAGACGGUUGAUCUUGCCAGUGACAGAUGCCAUCAAGGUAAUAGGAUGGACUUUCUUGAGGUAUUGGAAAUCAUUGACAUGGGGGGCGGAAGCUCCUCCCUACUUUGUGCAGCUUUCGAUGAAAGUUAAUGAGUGGCCUGAGGAUGGGAUUCAACCAGAGAGGAUAGAAUCAGGAAUAAACAAGUUGCUUAUUGCUGCUCAUGAAGAAAGAUGCAGAGAAAAUAUCCCAAGUUCAGCUCACACUCCAAGCCGCGUUCGGGUACAAAGCAUCGAAAGAAGUCAAGAGAACUCGAAUAUAGCCCUAGCAGUUUUUGAAGUUGUUUAUGCUUGUCCUUUAGCUGGAUGCUUGACAACCGAAUGGUAUAAAUCGCUGACUCCGGCAGCAGAUGUAGCAACAGAGAUUAUUAAAGCACAAAAUGCAGGGCUUUUCGAAGAGAUUGGAUUCCCAUAUCCAGUAAUAUCUGUGAUUGGUGGAGGUAGAAGAGAAGUUGAUCUCUAUGCUUACAUAUUCGGUGCAGAUUUAGCUGUUUUCUUUUUGGUUGCUAUUUUCUACCAAUCUGUUAUAAAAAAUAAAAGCAAGUUUCUUGAGGUGUAUCAGCUUGAAGAUCAGUUCCCAAAGGAGUUCGUUUUUAUCUUGAUGGUUAUCUUUUUCCUAAUUGUGCUUGAUCGCAUUAUUUAUCUCUGUUCGUUUGCCACGGGAAAAGUUAUAUUCUAUAUUUUUAAUCUCAUCUUGUUCACAUACUCAGUCACGGAGUAUUCUUGGAACAUGGAACCUUCACACCUAAGUGCAGGAGGAUUUGCACUCCGUGCUAUCUAUCUCACGAAAGCAAUUUCUCUAGCACUGCAGGCCUUGCAAAUUCGAUAUGGAAUUCCUCAUAAAAGUACCUUGUACCGACAGUUUUUGACCAGCCAAGUGGCACAGAUUAACUAUUUGGGCUUCCGGCUUUAUCGUACUCUACCAUUUCUUUAUGAAUUAAGAUGUGUACUCGAUUGGUCAUGCACUUCCACAUCACUGACAAUGUAUGACUGGCUUAAGUUGGAGGACAUCCAUGCAAGCUUGUAUCUUGUCAAAUGUGAUGCGGAUUUGAAUAGAGCAAACCACAAACAAGGAGAGAAACAAACCAAAAUGACGAAAUUCUGCAGCGGAAUCUGUUUACUCUUCAUAUUAAUAUGUGUUAUCUGGGCUCCUAUGCUGAUGUACAGCAGUGGCAACCCUACAAACAUUGCUAACCCCAUCAAAGAUGUGAGUGUCCAAAUCGAUAUUAUAGCAGUUAGUGGAAGACUAAGCCUGUUCCAAACCACUCUGUGCGAAAGAAUUCUGUGGGAAUACCUGCACGUGGAUGUUAAUCUUGACCCACAUGGUUAUCUGGACGCGUACAAUGUGAAAGACAUCCAAUUGAUCUGUUGCCAAGCUGAUGCAAGCACUGUUUGGCUGGUGCCACAAGUAGUUCAGACUAGAUUCAUGAGAUCCCUUGACUGGGGCACGGAUGUCAUUUUUUCCUGGGUAUUUACUAGGGACAGGCCAAAAGGAAAGGAAGUCGUGAAAUAUGAAAUAUUUCUUAAAGAUCAAAACCCAUUGGACAUCAAGGAAGUACUCAACGGAACUACUGACAGUUUCAUAAUAAAAAACAUUUACCCAAGAUACUUCCGGGUCACUGGCUCCGGCGAUGUGCGGCAUCUGGAAAAAGAGGGACCUAUGGUCAGCGGAGAUCUUCUGUUGAAUCGUGGGAAUCCACCGUGGUGGUCUUUCCAUGAUAUCAAUGCAUCAGUGGCUGGCUGUGAGGGGUUGACAGGACCAAUGGCUAUCAUUGUGUCUGAGGAAACACCACAGGGCAUACUUGGUGAGACUCUUAGCAAGUUCAGUAUUUGGGGCAUUUACAUAACUUUUGUGCUAGCAGUCGGCCGAUUUAUCAGAAUUCAGUGUUCUGACCUGAGGAUGAGAAUACCCUUUGAAAAUCUUCCUUCUUGCGACAGGCUAAUUGCAAUCUGUGAAGACAUAUAUGCUGCAAGAGCAGAGGGCGAGCUAGAAGUUGAAGAAGUCCUUUACUGGACACUGGUGAAAAUUUAUAGGUCACCGCACAUGCUUCUCGAGUACACCAAACCUGACUAAAUCCUACUGCAGAUGAGCUCCUGUCACCAACUUCAGGAAGAUGCUCGUGGGCUUCUAAGCUAACUGCAAUCUAACCGUAACAUGGUAAUCGAACAAGAUUGCCACAUGAUGUUAGGGGGUGGCCAGAAAUUAGUCAAAAAACAGGGGGAGCGUACGUGAGUUAAUUCAUGGAUGAUUUGUAGUCCUACAUAUGUUUGCUUUUCUCCCUCUCAAGGCUCCCAUUUCAAUAUUAGAUCAGUUAGAUGUAUAGAAGCAGUUAAUGCAAGCCUUACAUGUAUAUUCAUAGAUGGGUCCUAUUAGUUUUGGGCUGGCAUGCCAAUUCAACUGCUUGUCAUGUGUAAAUUUUGAUAUUAAUUUGAAAUGUUGGUUUUCUUGUUGUUUA